AUGAGCCGAAUCGCCAAGGAGACGGCCUUGCCACUACGAACCGCCGUCCCACCCCUCAUGAUCGAACAAAGAACGGUGGAACAACGAUGGUGGAGCGGGUUGUCACCAAUGGAGGAACAGGCCUGGCGGAAGGGCGGAUGCUUGACGGCUCCUCCGGAAGCUGUGACAGGCAAUUGGGAGAGCCGGCAGGCAUUCGUCCGGGAACCAUGCUGUGUGCCCCCGAAGGUGACCAUCGAGGACCGCGAAACCGCUGAACAAACACACGAAACAAUUUAUAUGGGGAUACCUACGCCAUUGAUCAUUUAUACCGACGGGAGCGGAUACCAGAGAUAG